AUGAACCAUCUACCACCCCCUAAAUCAGUAUGGGGUACUCCACCGAGUGCAACUGAAGGUUCUCACAGUACAUUUCCAAGUUUAAAUAAUUCAAUGAGAAAUAUGUCGGUUAAUACAACAACAACAACACGUGCAAAGGAUAGUCGAUCUCAAAGCGUUCUUCAGGGAAAUCGUCGUCGAAUAUUAUGUUCUACAAUUCCUGAUUCAGCUGUAUUAACUUAA